AUGACCCAGCCUCCCUGCCCCACCCCCACUGCACUCUGUGUUCCAGACCCUGUGCUGAGUGCUCCAACAGUCAACAGACAUGGGCUCCAGCUGGCAGAACAGAGUGGUACCUGUGAGCCUACCAGGAGCCACCCCUCAGGUGUCCCUCCCACUGCCUCCCAGCAGCUGGAGUUCAGUACUGCGGAGCAACUGGCAGGAAUUUCACUACUCCAGGCGCGGGAGCUCCAGUUGCUAAGGGCAACCCCGCCUCCACCCAGGAAAGGAAGUGAGGGCGGGGUCAGCGGAGCUCCCGCCCCUCUGCGUUGCCUUGGAGACCAAAAGUGUCUUGCUGCAGCUGAGGCUGGAAGAAGCCCGGCUAGCUUGAGCGGUACUUUCUACAGUCAGUCUCGCGUUUGCGCCUUGCGCGCUGGGAGAGCCGGCCUUCCCAGGGAGUUCGAGUUCAGUUCUUACCUGAGGGGUGUCCAGCCAGAGGCCAAGAUGUCCUCCGUGGGGAAAGUGACACAGAUUCCCAGCGGGAAAGUCUACCAGCAGAUCUUCGAGGCUGAGGUGCAGUUGGUCCGCUCUCUGGCAUCUACCAGGAAGCGCGCUGCAGAGUGUUCCAUGACCCCAAAGGAUGGCAGGAAGCCCUUGAUGAAGAAGACAGAUAUUCGUGAAGGGGAGAUGCUCUCUCCUCGGCAGCAGAAGUGGGCACACAGCCUACCCAAUGACUGGGUCACUGAAAACCCUGUUCUCCUCCGGGAAAAGGAAAUAGCCAAGAAGGAAAAAGCUCAAGAGAGUGAGAACACCAUCGCUGCCCGAGAAGUGCGGGGCCUCAUGGACACCAUCGUUCCUGAGAGGAUCCGCACCAUCACCCUUGAAGGGCGAGGAGACUACAAGAGGAGAGGCUAUGAGAGCGCUUUGGGGAGCUUUAAGGAGGAGAUCGCCCAGAUUGGGAUGGAAAUGGAACCUCUCAUCUUGGAGCCAGGAGCCCUUCUUUUAAAAAAGCUGGCUGAGUAUGACAAAGACAUCAACAGUCUCUUCGAAAAGGUGGAAAACAACAGCAACCUGGAAGACUACACCAUCCAAACUCUGUUAGAGCUGUGGGAUCAAGUGGCCAAGAAAUUUCUGCUCCAGAAGCAGGAGAUUAAGGAUCUGGACAAGACGCUGCAUUCGCUUGAGUUCUCCCGGGCAGAUAAACUAAAAAGCGUGAUGAAGAAAUAUGUGCAAAUCAUAGAGAAAACUUCCUACCUCAUGCAGCCUGAUGUGUACAGGCUGAUCAACAAAGAAGCCAUGAUCAUAAACCACGCCCUGCUGGGCAACCGGAGGGCCCUGGCGCAGCUGUUUGUCAACUUGAUGGAGGCCACACUGCAGCAGGAGCUCAACGGCCACCGCCGCUGGCAGGGCCUGGUGGAUGCCUGGAAGAGUCUUAAGAUGGAAGACCUGGUACAGGGGUUCAGUGAGUUCAUGGCCAGCGAGAAGAUCCAGAUGCCUCCGGCCGUGAAGACAGAGCUGGAGACUAUGCUGAAGAACCAGAGCGCCCUGCAGCAAAAGCGUCUGGACCAUCUCUGCACCAUCUGUGACCUCCUGCCCCCCAAUUACAGCAAAGCUCAACUGACCGAAUGGCAUUCUUCUCUAGACUCCCUGAAUAAGCACCUUGAUGCCUACCACAUGGACUGCAUGAUGCGGAUCCACGUGCAGUAUGAGAAGACCUGGCAGGAGUGCCUGGCCGAAGUGCAGAAGUGCAAGAAGCAGCUGCUAGAUUGGAAAGCCUUCACUGAGGAGGAGGCAGAGAGCCUGGUGAGCCCGUCCUUCUUCCAGAUGGUGGGAAGUCUCCAGAGGAAGGUGGAGGCGGAGCUGGAGGUCUUGGAUAAAUCCUUCGAGGCCUUGGCGAAGCAGACAGAGCAGCAGAGCUUGGACCUCUUCAGCUACUUCCAGGAGGCCGUGCAGCUGUGGGAGGCACAUCAGAGUCUGCUGUUGAUGCAGGAGCUGGAGCUCGAGAAGAGGAUAGAGCAGCAGCGGCAGAAGCACAGCCAGGAGAACCAGGCCCAGGAAGCUCACCUCGAUAAGCUCUUGGACCAACUGAGGCAGCAAAGCUCUGAGGAUACCCUGAAGUUUCACCUGGAAAAGGCCAAAGAUUAUCUGAAGAACAUGAGAUGCAGGUAUGAGAGUUUUCAUGGCCUCCUGACAAAGGAAGUGAUGGAGUACCCAGUGAUCAUCCUGAAGGAACUCAACUCCUACAGCUCCACCCUCAGCAGAUACUUCUGUGUUCGUGAGGUUUUUGAACAGAACUUGGAGGGAGACGUUGUUUUCCAGUUGAGGGAACCAGAACCACAUGAAAAGCAAUUCCGGGAGAGAGUGAGAAAGCUGAGGGGAAAACGUGAGCCCAAAGUGGAUGUAAGCAAAGGGGAGGAAAGCGUAAGUCGGGGGACCAGUUCCCUCAGGCCAGCAGAAGAGACAGAAGAAGAAGAAGAUCAAGAAAUCGAGUUCCCCACCAAUCAGAAGGUGGCAGUGAGCCCGCAGAAGGAGUCUGUCCUGAGUGAAGAGAUGGAUGAGUCCAGAGAGGACUCUAGUCCAGGAUUAGAAGAAAUGUGGGUCGAAGCAGACAGCUUCUUAAAAUCACCCCUGAGCCAGGAAACUGUGACAGUUCAAGAAGAGGAGAAGGAGGAGGACAAAGAGGAGAAAGAAGAGGAGGAAAAAGAAGAGACAAAGGAAAAAGUGGAGGAGGAGAGGGAGGAGGAGGAAGAAGAAGAGCAGAAAGAGGAGGAAGAGGAGGAGGAAGAGGAAGAGCGUGCAAGUUCAUCUAUAGAUGAGGUCAAAGCCCAGGAAGAGAGUCUGGGGGAGGUCACCCAAGAGGACAUGGAGUUCUUCACAACCUCCAGUGGGAACACUUACUUUGUCUUCCUCCCUCUGGAGCAAGAAGAGAGUAUCACAAAGCCCCACUGCAGCUUUUCUACUGUUCUCCUCAAUGACGCUUCUGGUGCCAAGGUCCUGGAACAAGUGAUCAUUCCGUCCAGACUAAUUUUAGAAAUUAAGAAACAGAUCCGAGCUGGCUUUUUUGAGCACUUAGAGAAGUGGUUUGACCAGUGUGCCCUCAAUGCCCAGGUCACUGUGGCCACCAAGAUUGAUCAGCUGGAUUCAGAGCUAGAGCUACGCCUGCACCUGCACCAGCCAAGAGCCCAGCGCAUUGAAAAGGACAUCCACAACGUCAGGGCAGCCGAGCUCUUGCUUCAUCAAGAGCGGCUGGACAGCCACUGUGCGGGAGUGACGGAGACUCUGAGAAAGGAGAGGAUGAUGUUCUGCCAGUUCCAAGAGGAGCAAAACACGAGGAGCAAAAACUUCCGCCGCAAGAUUUAUGACAUGGAGCACAUCUUCUUGAACGCCACCAAGAGCCAGAAGCUGGUCAUUCUCAGCAGCACUCUGCACCGGGAGCUGCUCAGCUACGUCGACGUCAUCCAGGUGUCCCUGCGCAGCUUCCGCCAGUACCUGGAGGAGAGUCUGGGCAAGCUUCGCUACACCAACGUUGAGUUUGUCAAGCACUGCAGAUUGUUUUCAGAAGGAGGCAACUUUUCUUCUGAAGAAAUUGACUCACUGUGUCAUCGACUGGAAAAGGAAGCUGCCCGAAUAGAGUUUGUUGAAAGCCUAAUCAUGAUUAACAUGGAGAAGAUGGAGAGCGAGUACCUGGACCAGGCAAAUGAGGUCAUCAACAAAUUUGAAAGUAAAUUCCAUAACCUGUCUGUGGACCUUCUUUUCAUAGAGAAAAUCCAGCGGUUGCUGACAAAUCUGCAAGUGAACAUUAAGUGUGAGGUGGCAAAAUCCAACUUGCAAACAGAUGGAUUAAAUUCUUCUCUGGAACAGCUUCAAAGCAAGGUACAAAUGUGCCGAAGCUCACGAGGAGAUAAAGAAAUAGUGACCUCCGAGGACCUCCUUGGCCUUGUUCGAACUUGGAAAGAAAAAUUAAGCCAGAGGAUUCAGUACCUCAACUGCAAACUGGACAUGGUGUCUGUGACUCAAGUGGUCUUUACCGACAUCUUGACCGAUGUGGAGGUAGAAAGUGACAUCCUGGUGUCUUCAGAAGCCCAGGAAGAAGAAGCCAAGGGAGACGUGGUCACCCCCGAGUCCUUGGCCCAGCCAAGCCGCAUGGGGAAGUCCAUGGUUGAAGACCCGGCUGUGGAGGUGGUCAAGAGGAUCCUGCAAUUUCCUGAUGCCAAAUGUUCAACCCAGCGUUGUGACAAAGAGCGGUACCUGACAGCCAAAGCCUUCAAGCGACACCAGAGCCGGGGAGACCACUCAGUGAAGAAAGACUUGGUUGUUGCCAGUGCCACCUCAGCAGCGAGCCUCCAGAGCACUGACCCACCUUUGCCCCAUAGCACCACACGGUACUUGAAGCCUAACCGGUUGGAGAGAAAGUACCAGGUACUCGGGGACAAGCCACCUCCUCUGGCCGAGGAUUUUAAAGGCAUCAUCCUGUCCUUGCUCUGGGAGAGCAACGAGCACCUGCUGACUGUCGUGGAGGAGUUUUACCGCAAAGAGAAGCGUGCAGUCACCAGGCCUGACUGCAUGUAUGAAACUUUCGACCAGUGCGCAGAGAACAUCAGCAAGAAGAUCCUGGAGUACCACAGCCAGACGGAUGAGUACUACAACUCCUGCCUCAUAGAAUUACGGGCCCAGAUGAGGAGAUUUGAGGAGCUGCUGCCCCAGGUGUGUUGGCAGGUGACAGAGAAUUUCAAAGAGCACCACUGGAAGAAAUUUUGCGCCUCCACCAAAGAGAUCCGGGAACAGUUCUGGACCAGUCAUGAAGAGCUGGAGAGAAGAAAGGAUGAAAAUGCCCGGAAGCUCCGUCCAAAUCUUGGACAUCCUGCACAUCUGCAAGAAAUGGAGUCUCUGUGUCAAGCAGAAGAAAAAAGGCAGGAAGACUUAGACACCCUGAUUGAGGCGACCAGGGAGAAUCUAGAGGAAUUCACCAGGAAGUACUGCCGGUUUUUCAUAGCCAGCUUGGCCACCUUUACCGAGAAGUUCCUGCUGCAGUUGGAUGAGGUGGUCACCAUUGAUGAUGUCCAGGUUGCAAAGAUGGAGCCCCCCAAACAGAAAACAUCAAUCCUAAUUCGGAGGAAACUCGCCGGGCUCUCCCUGGAGGAAGAGAGUGAGAAGCCGCUGAUUGAACGGGGGAGCAGGAAGUGGCCAGGACUCAAACCCACGGAAGUCACCAUCCAAAACAAGAUUCUCCUCCGGAAAACAUCAUCCAUCACCACCGCCAAGACAACCCUGGGCCACCUGGCGUCUGUGGAAGCCCGAGAUGCUGUCUACCUGAAAUAUUUAGCUUCAUUUGAAAAGGAGCUGAAGAAGAUCCAGGAGGACAACACACUGCAAGUGAGGGAAGCUCAGCGCUGGAAGGACAACUGGAAGCGCUCCGUGCACACCAUCCAGGACCUGUACUUGUGACACUCUCAACCCACCCAAAAUAAAGGUGUGGAAACUCAAAUCCAAAAGGUCAAGACAAUCUGCUCAAAGUGACACAGCCAGUGCAGAACCUCAGCAGAGUGUGAGUUCUUCAAAAGUGGGUAAGGACUUGGGGGCAAGUUGUUUGUUUUGGAGAAGAUCUCGAGAAGCAUGAGUGAGGACAUGGGGAAAGGGAGCCUGGAAGGAGAAAAGCCACUGAAAGGGCUUUGAGGGGCGGCUGCUGCUAUGGGUGACCAGGCUCCGCCUGGCUGGGAAACAGCCUCCCACCUGGCCUGACUCCGCCCUCACAGGUGGAGAGUUGCCCAGUUUUAGCACUGCCACAUUGCCGCCUGCCCCAGCUUGCAAGACAGGAAGCUCCCAUGGUGCCAGAAAAAGCCAUCAGGCAGCGGGGUGGUCUCUCCCCAAGGGACUGCCCAGGCCAGCAGACAGGAAGGAACUCAGACUCUGCAGUCCAAACAGAAUUCUGCAGCCUGUGAAUGAACUUGGGAGCACAUCCUCCCCAAGUCGAGCCCAGUUGAAGCCGCAGCACCUGCCUGUGAGAUACCCUGAAGCAGAGCAACCCAGCUAAGCUGUGACCAGAUUCCUGGUCCACACAAAUUGGGAGACAUUAAAUAUUUGUACGUUUAAGGUGCUAAAUGUUGGAGCACUAUUGUCAGAAGACCAGCGGCUAACACAGUCCAGGGACCCAGGAUCUGAUUCCCUCCAUCUCCCCUCGCCCUGUCCCCACCCCAGGCUCCCUCCUGCCACGGUGGCCACCUCCCUGACCCUCUCUGGCCAGACUCACUUCCGCCUGCCCAUCUCUGCCCCCGUGGUGUCUUCUCCCUCUUGUCCUCUGGUCCCAGUAAAUGUCACCCCAGUGAGGCCUUUCAGACCCUGCUACCCAGUGAGCCCUCCGUCCUCCCUCACAUCACCCUGCUUCAUUGUAGGUGGAACACUCUCUGCUUUCAUCCUUUUACAUGUUGUUGGUUUCAUGCUUUUUGUCCAUCUCCCCUCCAGACAGUGAGCUCCUGGGAGGCAGAGACCAUCAGUCACCUUCAGCACAACCCCAUGGCCCCUCAGGGCACCUGGCAUGGGGGGAGUGCUUGUCAGCUCACAGAGCUGCUCAAUGAUUAAAUAGGAGGGUUUGGGAGCCCCUGUUCUUGACUUUGACCUGCCAUCUUCAUGGAGGUGAAUGCUAGUCACAGGAGGUCACGUUGGCUCUGGGGCCAGAGGACAGAUAGAAUGACCUCUGCAUAACUCUUUCUGCUCCAAGUUCUCCCCCAAAGCUCAGGGGGCACCUCCGACAGGAGGCUGCCUGUGCCCUGGUGUCUGGUGCUAGAUUCAGUCCCAGGCCGAAACACCACAAAACAGGCACCUUUAUUUGUGCGACCGUAAGACAGUGGCUCUCCAGAGUCCCAGAUGAGCAAAGAGCAGGACCUGCAGGCUCUAAGGGCAGGGCAAGGGACCUCAGAAGCCUCCUCUCUCUGCCCCCACCACUGCCCCGGGUGUCCUCUUCACUCAGGAGGCAUCCUCAUCUCAGCCAGACGGAGAAUCCCCCUCUGUUUCCACAUGAGGACCCGGAGGUCUCUCCCUGGAUGCUGGAUGUGGUUUGUGGUGCUCUGGCACAUUCUUUACCCACCCAAGUCCCCAGCCUCUCUCUGGGAGGCCUCCGGGAGUGGAAAGCACUUUUCCAGGCUUCAGAGCACAGUGGGCCAUCGAUGGAGAACCAAGGCCAACAGACACCCUCUAAGCGUGUGGAGCCCUUGGGGUCACCCAUUUCAAGUGCCCUGGUUUAUACCAGAAAAACCCAAAGCCUCUUCUCCUGUGGCCCCUCUCUGCACCGGGGGCUGAGGGCUCAUCCUAGUUCUAGGUACCUAGAGGUGGGCUGUAGGACCCCAGCCCCGUCCUCUUGAGGCCCUGGGGACCUUAGCAAUUCCCCUGCUGGGAAGGUAGUUAGGAAAAUGGAUACGGCUGCCCCCACAGGACUUCCUCCCAUCAUCUUCUCCUCUCCCUCUUGUAGCUUCCCCAGGGUUUGCUCUUCCUCAGCCACAUCCGCGUGGUCCCCACUGAGAAGGCAGUGUGAGUGAGGGCCUUUGCACAUGUGGAGAGGAGAUGACCUUAUAUGGAGGGGGGUGAGCAAGGUCCCCCCUAGGAUCUUAGGGACUCUCAUUUCCAAAGAACCUCCCAGGUGAGAGGUUGAGGCCUGGUCCAGAGGCUUUCUUAUCCUCUGGACUCUGCCCAUCUCCUGUGCCCAGAGCCAGUCCCUGCAUCUUUCUGGGCCUCAGUUUCCCCAUUGUGCAAUGAGAGGUUAGAUGUGGAAUUGCAUAAGCAGAUGCUCAAUGAGGUCAGGCUCCAUCACAAAGGUCAAGGUGGUGGGAUGGAGUGGCUUUGGUGUGCCUGAGUGCAGAAGCCUCCCUAAUGCAGGCAGACACUGGGAGACACCAUGCAUGACAGCCAAGCUUCAUGUCCAUGGCCAGACAUACACGGGAGUCCUGCUGGAGACCCAGUAAGGGUGGGUACACAUGAGCCCUCAAGCUGCUGUGUGUGUGCGUACAAUGUAUCAGUGGCUCCCUGCAUGAAUUUGGUCUCCCGUAGCUAGCUCUGUGCACCUUCAGCUAUUGGAGCCUGGGUCAUAUGUUCGCCACUGGGCCCAAGAAGUGGUGUCAGUUUCACUCAACCACUAGGACCAAGGGUGGGGAAAGGACAGUUCCCCAAAGAAAAACUGAAUCCAAUAGAAGAGGGUGUGGAUAUUGGCUGGGCGAAAGAAGCAGAUCACAGAGUCAUACAAGCUGCCUUCGCACCUGCCUCUGCCACUAUGACAAGUGGACAUGUGCCAAAGUUACAUAGUGAUUCCAUGGCAAGCUCAUACUUUGGUUAGGAUUAGAUUUGGCUACAUACAGUAGAAAACCCAAAUAAUGGUAGCAUAAACAAGGGAGAGAGAUUUAUAUCUUUCUCAUAUAAAAGAACGCUAGAGGCAGGCAGUCCAUACUAAUCCUGAGCCAAGGUAGUAACCUCGAGGAGGAAGUGACUAUCCACACCCAGGACAGGGCACAGAUGUUUGCCAAAGGAACUGAUAUUUGUACUGGGCUUGGCCCAAUGAGUAGGAGGUCAACAGGAAGAAUGACAGUCAUGCCAUGCAGAUAAAGAAGCAUCAGCAGAUGUGCUCCGGCAUGGGACUACCUGGCCUCUGGGUGUGGAGGUAGAGUGUGGACUGCCGAGAGGGGCAUGCAGUGUUGGGUCAACAGAAUCCUUGCAUGACUACAUCUACCUCUCUCUGCAGGCGACCUCAGAUGUGACCCUGUGUGGCAGGGUGAUCAUGUCAUCCACAACCAGAGCCUGGAGAUGCUCCAAGGGCUGAGCAUUCUAAAUUUAUGAUAAUCUAAUUUGCCUUGAUUCCCACUUAGCUUCAAUAGUGCACAGAAACUCUGCUGCUGUACUGCUCAUUCUCUCCCCCCACCACCCCUUAACGCAGUUGUCACAAAUUUUACCUUUUAUGUUAUGUGCCCGCUGACAUA